AUGGGAAUGUGUAGUUCAAAAUCUAAAGAAACUAAAAAUAAUAAAUAUAAGUAUUUAAAAGAAUUUCUAAGGUCUAAUCUUUAAAAUUAAAAAAGUGUUACAAUUGAUCUUAGUGAAAGGUAUAUUAGCGAGAAAGACAUCUUAGAUCUAAAUGUAGCUCUAUCAUAAUGCCAAAAUCUUAAUAUUUUAUCUUUGUCAUUAAAUGGAUAUGGUGUAGUCAAAUAAUUCAUAAAACUAGUUUAGAUACUGGAAAAUUUAUAAAAUCUUAUUAGACUAGAGUUAAAUUUAGAAUACAAUUAAAUUAAUGAUAGCCAAUGUUAAAGUUUAGCUAAUAGCUUAUAAAAAUCUCUGAAUAUUUAAUAUCUAGAGCUAGCACUGAAAAAUAACAAAAUAUCAGACGAAGGAUUUAGCUAGAUAUUUUGCGCACUAGAAAAGUUAACAAAUUUAAAAGCUUUAAUACUUUAAUUAGGAUGGAAUAAAAUAAAUUUGAACGACCUAUCCUUAUUUUAGAUUAGAUUUUAAAACUGUUCUAAACUGAUUAUUUUCAAUCUUGAUUUAAGAUAGAACUAAAUUAAUGACAGAAUACAAUAAUAAUUAGCAUCAAAAAUAAGUAAGCAGAAACGUCUAGUACUCAAAUAAGUUGUGCUUAAAUGA